UUGGCACUGGUGUGCAGAUAAUUCUUUAUUUUUAGGUUGGCACUGGUGUGCAAAUAAUUUUCUAUAUUUUUAGGUUGGCACUGGUGUGCAAAUAAUUUUCUAUAUUUUUAGGUUGGCACUGGUGUGCAAAUAAUUCUUUAUUUUUUUAGUUUGGCACUGGUGUGCAAUAUGUUAUAGUGUUGUGGCACUGGUGUGCAAAUAAUUCUCUAUUUUUUUAGGUUGGCACUGGUGUGCAAUAUGGAUAUAGAUACAAAGGGUAAUGGUUCUAUACAAAAUGAUUGGAAAAAUGUAGUGCAUAUGGUAAGGGCACAAACGGAGCCUAAAGAUAUGAGAGAAAGGGACAAGGAAUUAGUAAACGCCUGGGAAAAAUUAAAGGUACAAUUUAAUUGGUCAGAAGAAACUAAAGGAAAUUAUGAUGUGGCACAGGCUAUCAGGAAAAUGGAAAUGUUGACCCAUCGUGAAUUACAGCGGGCAGAAGAAAAUUUUUCUAAAGCAGGUGUGUUUGAGAAGAGGAAACUCAAAACAGAGAUAGAAAAUCGUAAGAAGGAAUUACGGCAGUGGACCCGUAUAGCUGCUAUGGCUACAGCCGUCAGUAAAACAGGGGUAAAGCCGAAAGUUAAUGGUGAUCAAGCAGGUGUAAAACGGGAUUUACCUCCCCCUUAUAAUGUCCCUAACCUGCGACUAAACCCGUCUGCUCCCGUUGGCAUAAUGGCCCCAGUAUUUGAGCUCAAAGGGGGCGAUGUGAUGUGUGAGGACGGCCGUGUGAAAAUUACAGCAGGUACGGUGGAGGGUGAAAUGAGUAAGGCUGACAAACUAGAGGAGGCGGACAGAAUUAGGAAAAUGAUAAGAGUAGAACUGGAAAGAGAUAAAGAAAAGGAAAGAGGACACCAAGAACGUCUUUUGAUAUUAGAACAGGAGUUUUCAGUGAAUAAAAAAGAGAGAGAACAAAAAACAAAAAAACGAAGGAACAGUGUAGACACCGGAGAUGUGGAAAGCGUCUCAACAGAACAGAGCAAUGAGAAUGAUGUAGAGGAUGAUGUUAGGUCAGGGGAAGAAAUGGAACAGGAAGGCGGGGAAAGUAGAGGGGAGCAGGGGGUAUCAGGAGGACUGAUGAGAGUAGUAGUGGAAGGAAAGGAUUUAGAUUAUUGGACUGAGGGGGUAGAGACACAGAGGAGGACAGAGAAACUAUUCAGUAGAAGUCAGGAAGUGGGACUGGAGGAGAAACAGAAAGCAACACCACCAACCAGUGAAGGGCGUUACUCACUCAGGCAAUACAUCAGAGCUCCCUCCCAUAUGGGGGAGGAGAAAAGUCUAGUAAGAUCAAGAGGCACUGUGUUCCAACAGAUUACUGACGGAGCUCACACCCCAGUUAGACCCAAUUUAAUUUGUCCUUUACUUGGGAGGGGGGGAACUCAAGAGUAUAAACCAUGGUCUCAUUCUGAUGUUACAGCCAUUGAAUUGAAACUGCCAGCUAUCUCUAAGGGAGGGGUCAAGUGGCUGACAAAACUGAGCGCCUUGACAUGUGGGGUGGAGCUAGCUUUGGGUGACGUGAGAACACUGUUGGGCGGUCUAGUGCCUGCCUCUAAGUUGAGGGCCAUUGAACAGGACGUUGCCCUUAAUGAUGAAGCCAGUGAGGAGCCCUUAAGGCGCCACAUUUCCAGUUUGAGUGCUGCAUUAAAGGCCCAUUUUCCAACCCCUGCCACUGCCUACCAGAACAUUAAGUUUAGAAUGAAACCUGGGGAGACGGCUGGUGUCUAUUUGAACAGAUGUGAGGGGGAAUGGGAGGCACAGGUGGAAGAACAUUGUAAUAACACCCCUAUUUCUAGAGCUCUUUUCAGGGCCGCUGUGUUGGCAGGAACUCCCUUGGCCGUCCAGAAAGCAAUGGCAGACAACCCAGACAUCCCAGUUUCUAAUGAUGAGGUAUGGACUAGACACUUAGCUCAUCACACCGAUAAGGCAACAGAUAGAGAGGACUAUGAUGAGAAAGAGAUAAGUAAGUUGAAGAACCAAUUAUUGAAACUACAACUCGAUGUAGAGCAAGCAAAGGCUAAGGCAAAAAGACACAGACCAGUAGGGAUGGCCAAAUGGUCCAACAGAGCACCAGUGCCUCUUCUGGGCAGAGAUCUGUUGGUCAAAUUGGGGGCGAGUAUUUUAUGCACUCCUCAUGGUAUAGUCAUCUCCUUCCCUUGUGGCUUAUUUCAUAAUUGUUCAAAGGGCGGGGGCUUGAUUUCAGCCUCUCACGGCCAGUGGAUGCUGGCAGCCACAGAGAGAGGGGAGGGGGCUGACAUAUACUGGGUGGAGUUGGAUAACCCUGACACUGGCUCCAACUCAAAUGGGAUCUUAGCAGUGUAUCACCUGUGGGAAGAAUGGAUAAAACAACACCUAAUAUACAUCCCCCCUAAAGAUCCAUUUCAUUGCACAUUAUUCUAUGACAGGACAGGGGAUUUGACAUAUGAAGACAGUUUUUCUGAGAUUGAGGGCCAUAACUGGACCAUUAGCAGCCCAGGGCUAUUAAUAGGUAGGGAGGGAGUGGUGGCCCCUAUUAUAUUGACCUUAGAGCAGUCUAAGUGGUACAGGAUGUCUGAUACAGCAGCCCCUCAUGUUUCUCUAGCCUUACAUCCUGGUCACGAGGCUAGAGAAUUAGGUUGCAUGACUAAAAGGUUGUUGCGACUCACUGACUGGGAAUCAGGUCCUGAGGGGGUGCUGUAUUCGCCAUCUGAACAGGCAUAUAAAAUCUUGGCCCCUUGUCACUGUACAGGAAUGUUGACACAUGUAUGGCUCAAUAGGAGCCAUGGCAGGGAGAACACUGAUGAUGACGCAGCCAUCCCUAUGAUUGCUAGACUACCGCCUGAGUUGUGGUCCACAGGUCCAACGGACGUUGGACAUUGUAAGGUAACCCCAAUCACCUUUUCCCUGAGAGAUUACACCCCUAUAUGGGAAAGACAGUAUAGGAACAAACCUGAGGCAGAGCAGGGCAUUGCCUCUACCAUUGCUGGCCUGGUGGACUCGGGAGUGUUGACUGUCGCCAAAUCCGAUUGGAACACACCCAUCCUGCCUGUGCCCAAGCCAGGCACCGACAAGUACCGGAUGGUACAUGACCUACGUAAGAUUAACGCGUUGGUAUCCACACCAACCCUAUCUGUGCCUAACCCAUACACUUCUUUGUCCAGUUUGACUGUGCGGCACCUGUUUUUUACGUGUAUUGACUUGGCUAAUGCUUUCUUUUGUAUACCUAUUGCAGACGCCUGUAAACCAAUUUUGGCGUUCACCUAUAGGGGUCACCAGUACACGUACCAGAGGCUGCCUCAGGGCUUCAUUCUCUCCCCAGGGAUCUUCAACCAUGUCCUGAGGGACCAACUGGCUGGCUGCCAGCUACCCCAGGAUACUGUGUUAAUACAGUAUGUUGAUGAUUUGCUGGUGGCUGCAACCUGUAGGGAGCAAUGCCUCUCUGCCACUGAGAUUUUGUUGUCACAGCUAUACAAGGCAGGGUUCAAGGUUAGUAAAGAAAAACUGCAGAUUUGUACCACAAUUACAUUUCUGGGACGUUCGGUAGGUGGCCAGGGCAGUGGUCUGACCUGUAAGCACAGAGAAGAAAUUUUGAAUCACCCAAAACCAUUGACGGUCAAGGAUCUUAUGUCAUUCCUGGGCCUGACUGGGUUCAGCAGACAUUAUAUUGCGCAGUAUGCUGAUCUCACGGCUCUUUUAAGACGCAUGGUCAGAGAUAAGGGUAUGAAAAAUGGUACAGCAACCCUGGAUUGGUCAGUCGAGGCUGAGCAGUCUUUCAUCAUGUUGAAACAGAGCCUUUCCAUGUCAACACAAUUGCAGUGUGCAGAUUAUUCCGAAAAUUUUUUCCUUGACGUUGCAGAAAGCAAUCAGACCGCAAAUGGAGUGUUGUAUCAGAAAGAUAGGGGUCGGCGGCGAGUGUUGCAGUAUGUCAGCGUACUACUCGACCCUGUUGAACAGCGUCAGCCUCCAUGUGCUAGGUUUGCAGCUGGACUAGCCAAAAUCAUUACCAAAACAUCCCAUCUCGUGUUAGGGCACUGUCUGGUAGUUCACACAUCACAUUCCGUCAUAUCAUUUGUUAAUUCAUCUGCCUUCACAUUUUCUCAAUUGCGAACGCACAGAAUGUCCACCAUUUUGACUGCACCAAACAUUAACUAUUGUCAUGACGGGGUGAACAUGGCCGACUUUAUGUCUGUGGAAGGCGAGCCCCAUGACUGUGCACCCCGUACCUAUUUGGCGUCACUAAUUCGACCUGAUCUCCAAACCAAAAAAUUGGAGGGAGCUAUGGACCUUUUUACUGAUGGUUGCUGUUAUAGGGAACUAGAUGGGACACUGAGCGCUGGGUAUGCCGUGGUACAGGCAUCCCUGGACGGUUUUGAAACCAGACUCUCAGAGAAACUUUCGUUCAGACAAUCUGCGCAACGCGCUGAAUUAUUGGCUGUUCUAGCUGCAUUACGCAUUGCUGCUGGUCAAUGGGUCAACAUUUACUCUGAUUCCGCCUACUCCGUAAAUAGCAUCUUGACUGAGCUGCCACAGUGGCAGAGAUGUAACUUCACUACCUCAACCGGUCGACCGAUUAAGCAUGCGGAAGAAGCCAAGGCCUUGUGCGACGCUGUGUUAUUGCCUAAGAAAGUGGCCAUUCUUAAAUGUGCUGGACAUCAAGUAUCAGAUUGCUUUGAAAAAAGAGGUAAUGAUGCCGCCGACAAAGCAGCCAAGACGGCAGCUGGAUACUGUAUGCCUCACCAGAUGGUAGUCAGACCUAUUGACGAACUUGUCUCUCUUUCACCUGAAAUAACUUUGUCAUUUCUUUCAGACACUUAUAAGACGGCGGCCCCUGAAGAGAAGUCCCUGUGGCUGAGUAAGGGUGCCUGUCUUUCUGACACGGGUGUGUGGCGAGCACCUGAUGGCCGUCCUGUCCUGCCAGCGGACCUGGCAAAGACAGUUCUAUUGGAAGCCCAUGGGAUGGCUCACAGCAGUGACCGAGACAUGAAACGCCGUAUGGAGGGUUGGUGGCAUCCAUUCCUGCCCCAUAUGAUCUCAGAGGUAAUCAAGUCCUGUGAAGUAUGUCAGCAAAUGAAUGUCAGGCCCACCAUUAAAUCUGAGCGAGGGCAUUUCCCAGUUGUUUCUGGUCCUGGCUGUGAAAUAGUGAUUGACUUCACUGACAUGGGCUAUCGGGUACAAGGCAAACAGUACCUUCUCAUCAUGGUGGACAGUUACACUUCCUGGCCAGAAGCUUUUGCCGUUGGGAGGGAAGACAGUACCUCCGUUGUUAAAUGCUUGAUCAAUCAAUACAUCCCAAGAUAUGGUUUUCCCCGUAGGAUCCGUUCAGAUAAUGGCUCCCAUUUCAAAAAUGAACAUUUGAGGUUGGUUGAGCAUUCCCUUGGCCUGAAACAUUCCUUUGGGGCCGUUUACCAUCCCCAAAGCCAGGGAAAGGUUGAACGGAUGAACUUAACACUUAAGAACAAGCUUGCGAAAAUUUGUGCUGAUACAGGCCUAUCCUGGUUGUCUGCUUUGCCAAUCGCUUUGAUGUCUGUACGUUCCUCAAUUAACAGGGUCACUGGAUUCACCCCAUUUGAGCUGUUAACUGGCCGCCAAUUUCCGGGUCCCUUUACAGGUUUUCCUAUUUGUGACAUCCCUGCCUUGGACCCUAAGGAACAUUACCAAAAACUGACAUGCUUGAUAAGUUCUUUUUCUCCCCAGACACGCCUGACCCUGCCGGAUCCAGCACCUUGUGUAGCCCAGUGGGUUCGUGUACGUGAGUUCAGAAGGAAGUGGUCUGGCCCCCGUUGGUCAGCCCCUAAACAGGUGGUAGCCCGUACCUCUCAUUGUGUCCAAUUGAAAGACAAAGGCAACACCUGGUAUCAUCUCUCAAGUUGUGUUGCUUGUGACCCUCCAUCUCGUAGCCUGACCAACACUGUGUUGGACCUUGCUGUGCAGGUCCAAGAGGGGGUACAGGAAGCUAAACAAUCAGAUGCUCCACUAACAGAGCAGAUAACACAAGAUAAACAAUCCCUUUUGACACACAACACCACACACACAGAGACUUCCUCACAAAACACACAACUGACGUUUAAACAGGGUGAUUUGUUUUCAACACCAGAAACAGAACCCAUUGCACACUGUAUCAGUGCUGACUGUGUUCUUGGAGCAGGGAUAGCACAACAGAUCAGACAUCGAUACGGGGUACAUAAGAUACAGGGGCAAAGAAAACAACCAGGAGAGUGUGCUGUCACCAUAGAAGGAGAAAGGGUGGUGUUCCAUUUGGUAACUAAAUUGUGGUGCUCAGACUUACCGUCUUAUACCUCUCUAGAGAGUAGUCUGGAGUGCAUGAGGGAAGAAGCUCUCCAAUUAGGGGUAAAAAGGAUCUCCAUGCCCAGGAUUGGGUGUGGACUGGACAAAUUGGUGUUUGAAGAGGUACAGAAGAUCCUAGAGAGGGUUUUCAAGGGAAAAGGGAUUGAAAUAAUCAUUUAUACCCUGUGAAAAAGUUUAUUCAUUUAUUUCCUAACUACAUUAUAUUCAUGUAUUCUUGUUACAAAAUUGCUUUCAUAAUACGUUUUCUGUGAUCAUUAACCUGUUUUAUUUGUAAAGACCAAAGUGACGAGGGCUCUGGAGCCUCGGUUGACUCUUCCUUCAGACCAAGGUGUCACUGGGUAAGUCACCAUGAAACUGUGGGAAAAUUGGAGGGUUAUG